GAGACGACACUUGCCGCUAAGGCCAUUAGCGCCCAGGUCGUCGUUUACGGCGAUACGUCCGGCGGCGUCGCCGCGGCGGUGCAGGCCGCGCGGAUGGGGAAGGAGACGGUGCUCGUCUCGCCCGUCGGCCAUCUCGGCGGCAUGACCAGCAGCGGGCUCGGCUGGACCGACAUCGGUCGCUCGGCGAUCCUCGGCGGCGUCGCGCGGGAGUUCUACCACCGCGUUUACCUACACUACCAAGACGAGGCCGCUUGGGAGUGGGAAGCGCGCUCCGACUUCAAGAACGUGGGCCAAGGGGCGCCGGCUCUCGAUGACAAGACGCAGUUGGCGAUGACCUUCGAGCCGCACAUCGCCGAAGCCGUCUUCGAUGACCUUUUGAAGGACGCUGAUGUUCAGGUUAUCCGCGGCCGCAUCGACUUGGCGGACGGGGCGGUCAAAGACGGUCGGCGCCUCACGGCGUUACGGCUUGAAGGUGGGGGGCUCAUCGAGGGCGACGUCUUCAUCGACGCUUCUUACGAGGGCGACCUGCUGCCGGCGGCGGGCGUCUCGUUCCGCGUUGGCCGCGAGGCCAACGCCGAGUUCAACGAGACGGGCAACGGCAACACCGGCCCGCGGCGCACACACCAGAUGCCCGACGGCGUCGACCUCUACGUCGUCGUCGGCGACGCGUCGAGCGGCCUCUUGCCGAGCGUGAACGCCACGAUCGGCGGGCCGCUCGGUUCGGCCGAUGAGCGGCUGCAAUCGUACUGCUACCGCCUGACGCUCACCGACGUCCCCGCCAACCGGAUCACGAUCGCCAAGCCCGAGGGCUACCGCGAAGCGGACUACGAGCUGCUGUUCCGCGCAAUCGAGGCGGGCCACCGCUGGCCGUUCUUCACUACCAGCCUGAUGCCCAAUCGCAAGACCGACACCAACAACAACGGCGGCGUGUCGAUGGACUUCAUCGGCGGCAAUUACCAGCUCGACGAGGACGGCAAGACGGUGUGGAGCUGGGUGACGCUCGACCACGCCGGACGCGAGCGCGUCGCCGCGGCGCACAAGAAAUGGCAGCUUGGCUUGUUGUGGACGCUCCAGAAUCACCCGCGCGUCCCCGCCGAGAUUCGCCGGCGUGUCGCCCCGUGGGGCCUAGCGGCGGACGAGUACCAGGACAACGACACCUGGCCGUACGCGAUCUAUGUCCGCGAAGGUCGGCGGAUGGCGUCGGACUUCGUCAUGACCGAGGGACACUGCCGCAACCAGCUGCCGAUCGACGACCCCAUCGGCAUGGGCGCGUACACGCUCGACUCGCACAACACGCAGCGCUGCGUCGUCGAUGGCGUGGUCCGCAACGAGGGGGACGUGCAACUCCGCCUCACCGACGGCCCCUACAAGAUCGCCUACCGCGCGAUCACGCCGCGCGCCGACGAGUGCGAGAACCUGCUCGUCCCCUGGGCCUUGUCCUCGACGCACAUCGCGUUCGGCUCGAUCCGCAUGGAGCCGGUCUUCCUGAUCCUCGGUCAGUCAGCCGCGACGGCCGCGUCACUGGCGAUCGACGAAGUGAUACCAGUCCAGGAGGUUUCGUAUGAAGCGCUGCGAGAACGACUGUUGAAGGACGACCAGCGGCUUGAAGUCGUGGCGGAGUAA